CCCACUGGCAUGGUAGAAAGAGGGUCGCUGCGGCCCUGCUAGGUCCCGCCCAUUCACCCGCCCACUCGCCUUCGUUUUAAGCGCCUCCCGCCCAGUCUUAGCUCCCUCAAGCUUCGCCGCAUUCCCUUCACCCACCUUCCAUCUCUCCCCUGCUCCGGUCCGUUCCCGUGGCCACCCCGCAGCCCCCGCCCAGGUGCCAUGGCCGCUGUGUACCGCCCCGGCCUGCGGCUUAGCUGGCAUGGGCUGAGCCCCUGUGGCUGGUCCUCACGGCGCAGCAUCCAGACCCUGCGAGUACUCAGUGGAGACCUGGGCCAGCUGCCUGCUGGGGUUCGAGACUUUGUGGAGCGCAGUGCGCGCCUGUGCCAACCAGAAGGCAUCCACAUCUGUGAUGGGACUGAGGCCGAGAACACUGCCACACUGAACCUGCUGCAGCAGCAGGGUCUCAUCCGAAAGCUCCCUAAGUACAAUAACUGCUGGCUGGCCCGCACAGACCCCAAGGAUGUGGCACGAGUAGAGAGUAAGACGGUGAUUGUAACUCCUUCGCAACAAGAUACAGUGCCCCUCCCGGCCGGUGGGGCCCGUGGGCAGCUGGGCAACUGGAUGUCUCCAGUGGAAUUCCAGCAAGCUGUGGAUGAGAGGUUUCCAGGCUGCAUGCAGGGUAACCAGGGCAGGGACACAGAGGCAGGGACACUGAGGGUAUUAAGAGGUGACAUUUCCUUCACCUUCAUCCAGGUGACAUUUUCCUCCACAGGCCGAACCAUGUAUGUGCUUCCAUUCAGCAUGGGUCCCGUGGGCUCCCCACUGUCCCGCAUCGGAGUGCAGCUCACUGACUCGGCCUACGUGGUGGCAAGCAUGCGUAUUAUGACUCGGCUGGGGACACCUGUGCUUCAGGCCCUGGGAGAUGGUGACUUUGUCAAGUGUCUGCACUCCGUGGGCCAGCCUCUGACUGGGCCAGGGGAGCCGGUGAGCCAGUGGCCAUGCAACCCAGAGAAAACCCUGAUUGGCCAUGUGCCCGACCAACGGGAAAUCGUCUCCUUCGGCAGCGGCUAUGGUGGCAACUCCCUGCUGGGCAAGAAGUGCUUUGCCCUUCGCAUCGCCUCUCGGCUGGCCAGGGAUGAGGGCUGGCUAGCAGAGCACAUGCUGAUCCUGGGUAUCACCAGCCCUGCAGGGAAGAAGCACUAUGUGGCAGCCGCCUUCCCCAGUGCCUGUGGGAAGACAAACCUGGCCAUGAUGCGACCAGCACUGCCGGGCUGGAAAGUGGAGUGUGUGGGGGAUGACAUCGCCUGGAUGAGGUUUGACAGUGAUGGUCAACUCCGGGCCAUCAACCCUGAGAAUGGCUUCUUUGGGGUGGCCCCCGGUACCUCUGCCACCACCAAUCCCAAUGCCAUGGCCACAAUACAGAGUAAUACUCUUUUCACCAAUGUGGCUGAGACCAGCGACGGUGGCGUGUACUGGGAGGGCAUCGACCAGCCUCUUCCACCUGGCGUCACUGUCACCUCCUGGCUGGGCAAGGCCUGGAAACCUGGUGACAAGGAGCCCUGUGCACAUCCCAACUCUCGCUUUUGUGCCCCGGCUCGCCAGUGCCCCAUCAUGGACCCAGCCUGGGAGGCCCCUGAGGGUGUCCCUAUUGAUGCCAUCAUCUUUGGAGGCCGACGACCCAAAGGAGUGCCCCUGGUAUAUGAGGCCUUCAACUGGCGCCACGGAGUGUUUGUGGGCAGUGCCAUGCGCUCUGAGUCCACGGCUGCAGCCGAACACAAGGGGAAGGUGAUCAUGCAUGACCCAUUUGCCAUGCGGCCCUUUUUUGGCUACAACUUUGGGCGAUACCUAGAACACUGGCUGAGCAUGGAGGGGCGCAAGGGGGCCCGACUGCCCCGCAUCUUCCAUGUCAACUGGUUCCGACGUGAUGAGGCGGGCCGCUUCCUGUGGCCAGGCUUUGGAGAGAAUUCUCGAGUGCUAGACUGGAUCUGCCGGCGGCUGGAGGGAGAGGACAGUGCCCGAGAGACACCCAUCGGGCUAGUGCCAAAGGAAGGUGCCUUGAAUCUCAGUGGUCUGGGAGCCAUCGAUACCACCCAGCUCUUCUCCAUCCCUAAGGACUUUUGGGAACAGGAAGUUCGUGACAUUAGGGGGUACCUGACAGAGCAGGUCAACCAGGAUCUACCCAAGGAGGUGAUGACUGAGCUGGAGGCCCUGGAGGGACGUGUGCGUAGAAUGUAACCUGGGGCUCCAGUCUAGCCAGAGAGCACAGCAUACUCCUACCCUCCACUGCUACCCAGGAACAGAAGAGUGCCAGGGUUGCAGAAAUUAUGAGCAAUUUGAUAUAACUAGCAUCUCCUGGGUGACUUGAGGCCACAUGCUAUCCAAUAAGACUCACGUUUAUUUUAUAUAACAUUUGUGUUUUCAUUUCCCACUUAUCUUUACAGGCUUCCCUCUAACACCAAUUUCACGAUCUUCCAGCCCCUCCAAGUAGCUGGUGUCCCACAGAUAGCUCUACCUUUGGGCCACCUAAGUGGGAAUCGAUUGCUGGGAGAAGGCACUAUCUACUCUGUGUCCUGAAGUCUUAAAAACUGGGGGGCUCUGGGAGCUGCUCAGUACAGCCUGCAGGCCUAAAAUCACUGAUCUUCCACUCAAACUAGCAGAAGCCUCUAUAACCCCAUUCUCCAGUGAAAUGGGUCCAUUGUCAAUUCUCAAAACUGUUCCUCCUGGCUGACCUGUAAUUGGGACUCACAAAGUAUUCAUGAAUGCUUAUUCAGUAGUUGGACAGCUAACACUUUGAUAGCACUUUCUGUGAACCAGGCACUGUUCUAAACACAUUACAAAACAAACUUUUGAGGCAGGUACCAUUUUACAGAUGGAGAAACAAAGGCAAAGAGAGGUCAAGUAAUUACCGAAGGGCACACAGUAAACAGGAGAGCCAUGGGUAAAUGAUAACUGCAGAGACAUGUCUCUCACAGCAAUGUAGAUUUGUAGAGCUGUAAGGAUCUUAGACAUUACCUAUGUCAUGCUUCUCAAGACUUAAAAGUGUACAUGAAUCACUUAGGGAUCUUAUUAAAAUGCAGAUUCUAAUUCAGCAAGUCUGGAGUGGCCCAAAGAUUCAGUUUUUCUUACCAGCUCCUGGGUGAGGCUGAUGCUGCUGGUCCAGGGGCCAUAUUUUGAGUAGCAAGGCCUUGGCUGAAACUCUGAAAUCAAUUUUAGUGGGAAUCCACAAAAAGAGUGACAAUCUUAGAUAAAUCAGGGGCAUUAGCUGAGGAUAACUUCACCUGUGAUCUGGAUCAGGCUGAGUGAAUGUACAAACUGAGGGGGGUAAGACAGAAGUCUGUACCCAGAAAAAUGAGAAUCAACUUCAACGAACAAGAUGGAAUUACUGGGAAGUACCUCAAAACACUGCAGGAAGAAACACCAAGUGUUCUAGAAAAUAGCUAAUAACCUGCCACAAUGUAUAAGAGCAGAAAAGGCUCUAAAGGUCAGAGUGGAUCACAUGCAAAAAGACAGUGAGCAAUAGAAUCCAUUGCACUUAAAAGUAUGCAGACAAAUCCUCAGUUUCAUGAACAGCAUGUGAUGGCUGAAACAUUAUGAUCAGAGGCAGCAUAACAGACGUUAAACACAUAGUAGACUCAGGCCAGUGGUGCCUCUCAGUUUAUCUGUAAAAUGCAGAUGUGCCUAUACCUCAUAGUGUUGUUAAGAUUAAGAGUCAUGCCCUGACUGGUGUGGCUCAGUGGUUUGGGCAUUAUCCCACAAACCAAAGGGCCACAAAUUUGAUUCCCAGUCAGGGCAUAUGCCUGGGAUGAGGGUCAGGUCCCUGAUUAGGGUUGUGGGAGAGGCAACUGAUCAAGGAUUUUCUCUUUCACAUAGAUGUUUCCCUGUUUCUCCCUCCCUUCCCAUCUCUCUAAAAUAAACAAAUAAAAUAUUUUUUAAAAAAUGA